CAUUUUGGAACAAACACUUCAUUAAUAGCAAUCAACAACUUGUCAGCAUGCAAUCCUCCAAACCCAUAUCCUCAUCUUCAACAUUAGUAGUGUGUUUAUUUUGGGUUUCUUCUUUCACUUCCAAACGUCUCUUCUAUUUUCCAACUUCCCCUCUUUUCACUCUCACUACAACACAAAUAAACACACAACUUCAAAGAAUAACAAAAUAAUUCCCCUAUUUCUCUCGCUUGAUCGUUGCAAAGAUGCUGAGCCGCAUGAUUUUGCAGAGGAGAGCUUUGAUCUACGGUCGGAGAUUCUUCAAUCUCUCUGCUUCUGAGAGUUUCUUUUCUGGGUCUUCCUGUUCUUACCAUUCCUCUGCUUCGCGCUCUGUUCUGUUACCUAAAGCUAUUUCUCGCAUAGAUUCCAAUUUUAAGCAUGUUAAGGGAUAUUGUCUUUCUGCUCAACAUGUUUUGGAGAUUUCUGAGGGGAAGAUAGUUGAAGUUCCUUUGGCACAGACUGGUGAAGGUAUUGCAGAAUGUGAACUUCUCAAAUGGUAUGUCCAAGAGGGGGAUUAUGUUGAUGAUUUUCAACCACUCUGUGAAGUUCAAAGUGAUAAAGCUACCAUAGAAAUUACAAGUCGCUACAAAGGAAAAGUUUCUAAUGUUCUCCAUGCUCCUGGUGACAUCGUAAAGGUUGGAGCAACCCUUUUAAAGAUAUUAAUUGACGAGUCUCCAUGUCCUUCAAUGGAUUUUGGUGACUCAGAAAUUGCAAAAUCACCUGAUUCUGAUCAGAUAAUUGUUAACGAGCCUGCAUUUACUACAGUAAUUUUUGACGAUUCAGAAAAUGUAAAACCUCUAGAUUCUGAUAUUGGAAAGGGGAAACAAGCAGGCGCCCUAUCGACACCUGCCGUAAGGAGUCUAGCAAAGGAGCAUGGUAUAAAUAUAAAUGAAGUCUGUGGAACUGGAAAAGAUGGAAGGGUUUUAAAAGAAGAUGUACUCAAUUUUGCAGUCAAAAAGGGAAUCACUAAAACUCCCUCUGAUGUUUUGAAUGCUGAUUUUGGAGAACAGCUUCGGGGAAAAGAAUUCAGCUGUGAUCCGAAAAAUAUACACGAUAGGCCUUUUGAGGACACGAUACUUCCCCUGAGGGGAUUCCAUAGAGCAAUGAUAAAAUCAAUGACUCUAGCUGCAAAAGUCCCACAUUUUCAUUACGUAGACGAGAUAAACUGCAAUGCCCUAGUGGAGCUUAAGACGGCUUUUCAAAAGAAUAAUCCUUAUCCAGAUGUCAAGCACACGUUCCUUCCAAUAUUAAUCAAAUCCCUAUCAAUGGCACUAAUCAAGUACCCUUCUGUUAACAGUUGCUUCAAAGAGGAUGCAUUGGAGCUCAUCCUUAAAGGUUCGCACAACAUCGGAAUUGCCAUGGCGACACCACACGGUCUAGUUGUGCCGAACAUAAAAAAUGUUCAGUCUCUUUCCAUAUUGGAGAUAACCAAAGAGCUAGCAAGGUUGCAACAAUUGGCUUCAGAUAACAAGUUAACUUCUGAGGAUAUAUGUGGUGGGACAAUCACUUUGAGCAACAUUGGAGCAAUUGGUGGAAAGUUUGGUUCCCCGCUUCUGAAUCUUCCUGAAGUCUCCAUUAUUGCCAUCGGUCGAAUUCAGAAAGUUCCGCAGUUUACCGAUGAUGGAAAUGUUUAUCCUGCAUCGCUCAUGACUGUUAAUAUUGGUGCUGAUCACAGAGUGUUGGACGGAGCAACCGUUGCAAGAUUUUGCAACGAGUGGAAAAAAUUAAUUGAAAAUCCAGAGUUACUCAUGUUGCAUUUGAGAUGAUAAGGGACAAUAGCUGAAAUUGUAAUUUGGACGGUUAUUACUUAUUCACCAUAAUAAUAAGAGUUUAAACAUCCAUAUGUGUGUGAAAUUAGAAAAAGUCAUGAUAAUGUCAAAUGUUUUUAAUAAUGAUUCCACGGUUACAGAUUA